UUUUUGGAAGCCAGGCAACGAGUCUGAGGAGAGAAUGGCGGCGGUGACAGGAACUCUACUCUCACCGUUACGGUAUACGGCAAGUAUACCAUUUCCUUCGCGUUGCCCAGGGCAACAGCGGAAAGCCAUGGCUUCGGUCCUCCGCCUCUCGCCCGCACCACCCCGCAUCGUCUGCUUCCGCCGCCAGGCUGCCUCCGGGAGGCCUACUCAAGUCCGGUGCGAGGGCAGGAGCCCUUCGCCUGCGAGCCGCGAGGGGUCCAAGUCGGAAAACGUUGUUCUCAAGCUGGCCUGGUACGGCUCCGAGCUCCUCGGUAUCGCCGCUUCUCUCUUCCGGCCGUCUCCGCCGACUGGCCCCGCUGAGGAGGUCUCCGCCGGCGCGAUCGGAUUGUUGACUGGCAGAGCGCAGGUUGCGGAAGCCAUCAAGGAGGACUUCGCCCGCUCCUACUUCGUCACAGGGAACUUGACACCGAAUGCUUAUGAAGAUGACUGUGAAUUUGCUGACCCAGCAGGUUCUUUCAGAGGUCUACGUCGUUUUAAAAGAAAUUGUUCAAAUUUCGGAUCACUGCUUGAAAAAUCUAACAUGAAACUCACAAAAUGGGAGGAUUUUGAGGAUAAAUCAAUUGGACAUUGGCGUUUCAGUUGCAUCAUGUCAUUUCCUUGGAGACCAAUUCUUUCCGCUACUGGCUAUACAGAAUACUAUUUCGAUGCUGAAUCCGGGAGGGUUUGCAGGCAUGUGGAGCAUUGGAAUGUUCCAAAAAUGGCACUUCUUAAGCAAAUAUUCAGACCCAGCCGCUGGGUAUGGGAGACGCGCUGAAAGACUUCAAUGCAAAGAUUCGAAAUUCCUAGAGCCAUGAGAAAUCUCAGCUGGUACUAAUGGUUGGCAAAGGUCCGCCGCAAAGCUGUUACAUGGCGUGUUCUUUCUCAUCUCUAGUAUAUAAAUGUCAAAUAGAAGCUCAUUAGGCUGUUUAGGGAAUCAGUGAGUGAUGCCACAUAGUGCAUGACUAUGGCACUGGAAUGCAGAAAAACUCAGAAAGCAUGCGGUAUUUCCUUCGGAUAGAAAAUGUGGGUUCGUACACGUAAUGGCUAUUUUGUCAUUUGGUAUUUUACAAUUUACAUGUAGGUUUCUCACGGACACGGAGAAUUUAGAAUCACUUCAAAUCAAAUCAAAAUCGAUGAACUCUUAGAUGCUUA